AGCGUAACUCUUAGUCUAACAAAAUCGCCGCGCUCCUAUCAUCUAAUCUAAUUCCUUAAACCAUUCCAUUCAUUUCCAUCGCGAACCCGCUUCAUGGGGUUCUUUCUCAUGUAUCCAGUAUGAUACGAAUCGCGAGCAGUCCGUCGCCGAUACCCUCUGAGAUAUUUGCGCUCGUCGCGCUACUUGUUCUCUCCCUUAUCGUUCUCCUGAUUCUGCGACGUUAUCUUCCACUGCGAACGACCCCAGCCUACCUGCUAGUACCCGUCUUCUUUGCGUUAUGGCUACCUGCGACUAUCGUCCUAUUGGUUCCUAUUGAUCUCGCCUCUAAUGCUAGUACCGACGAUGAGACAACGAGAGGGAUUUGGCUCCCACCCAGGGCGCUGCUCGUGUCGUGGAGAAUCUCAUACUGGCUAACCUUCGUCUUGACUUGGUUCAUACUCCCGAUCCUUGCCGAGUAUUCCGAUGCCGGUUAUCGCGAGCCCAAGGACCGAAUCCUCUAUUCUCUACGUUCGAACGCUCAGUACUAUGCGCUUGUAUUUGGCUCCGGUGUGCUUGGGCUUGUGUAUUUCUUCAUAUCUUAUGGACCUUCGUUCAUGUCGCUGAAGGGUUUGAUUUUCGCACUUGCCUACUGCUGGGGUCUCGUUCUGGCCAUCUAUCUCAUGGGUCACGGUCUUGUUGCUAUUCCCCGAAAUCUAUUUAGGGAUUCGAGUGCCAGUCGCCGACUACGUCAACUCCAGAGCCAUGCUCCUAAGCUGUACGAAAAGAUGGAAGAUGCUUCUCUAAGCCUGGAAGAUUUAGAAGUCCAAGUAUCGGAAUUAAGUAAGCGCAAGACUGGAAGCGCCAGGGAAUUCCAAGACUGGAUCGAGGAGCUCUCGGAUAUUUGCAAUAUUCCGGAAUCCCGACCAAGGAAUAUUCUCCCCAGGAUAGACAAUGACAGUCGCAUAAUUCCCACGGUUAUUACUGAGAAGUAUUUGGCAGACCUCACUCGCCAAUUGAAUCGUGCGAGACAUACUAAGUCGCGUUAUAUCGAUGAAUGGGACCGCCUGCUUCACGAUGCUGCAAAGACGCAAGCAAUCUUGGAUUCCGUAGCUUCGAAGAAGCUUGAUUUUGGCGCGAGCUCUCCAAGCUCCUCAUUCUGGGAGAAGACCACAGUCCUGACCCCCUAUACUCGAUAUCUUCUUUACUGCCACGUCGUUCCCUAUCUUCGUAUUUUCCUUGCCGCCUUCCUUGCUUUAGCCUCGGCUUGCAUCAUAUGGUCCGAGUUGGUAAAGGCGGCUCUACCGCAAUUAUCAGUCAUCCGACUUACCGUGGUUCAUCACUGGACAGGCGAGAAUGGUCGCGUCGGCUUUGCAGGCCAAGUCAUCGCUGCGCUCUGGAUAAUGUACAUGUGCACAGCAGCUCUUCACUCAGUAACUGAGGUUAAAGUAUGGCGUGGUCGCGCCCUGGUUCGGCGUAACACCGCCCACGAAUCGGCAUUUUGGUACGCGGGUCAGGUCGCGAGAUUAACCGUCCCGCUAUCUUACAACUUCGUCACAUUUCUGUCUCCGCAGAUAUACUCGGAGACAACAUUUUAUGAUAUUCUCGGACAGUACGUCGACCUUACUCCACUUGGAAAAUGGUUCGACUACUUAUUUCCUGUUUUCGUUCUCGUUCCCGUGUGUGCGACACUGUUUGGAUUGUACGGCAAAGUGAAGCGAUUCUUUGGAUUUGGUGAUAUCGUGGAUGACGACGAAGAGAACCAGACCAGCUACGGUACUGGCUCGUGGCGAGAGGGGAGAGACUUGAUCGAACGCGAGUUGCAUGGAACUUCGAUUUCUCGAAGAUUGGAUGAAGCCGCAUCUAGGUCUGCGAAUGGUAAUGGCCGUACCGCUCCUAUUUUGACGAUGCCCGCAGCUAGAAACGAGGGCCCCAGAACACCGUUUGCUACGUCGCCUUCAUAUCGAGAUAAUCCGGUCGGAAGAACGGCGCGAUCUUCUCGGUCUGAUGCCCCCGAAUCGGAGCCCGAAGAAGACAACUUCUUUACCAAUCUAAGCCACCGGUUUAAGAACACAUUUGAUACCUUGGAUACACCAAAAUGGAUCCAGGAUAUCGGAGAGGGUAUCAAGAAGCCAAAGUGGAUAGGUGGUAAUGAAGCUGGCGAAAGUAGCAACAGAGCAGGCCGGAGUGACUCAGACAUCAGACGAUGGUUUGGGGGUGAUGGUGGUAGGAUAAGACUAUGAGGAUAUAAUUUUCGUCGGUACUUAAUUAGUAAAACCAAUUUCGAUUUGGGUAAUUGUUAUCUAGUUUUUUCACGUGAAUACCACAGGUGGUUAAUGAUAUUCAAACUUUAAGGGGUAAUAUGUCUUAAUGUGUUUAGGUAAUCUGACGAUGACAAACAGAAGUCUAUUUUACGAAUGGAAAGGGGUUUUCAUUAUAAGUAGGUAUGUAGAACUAAAUUGCAAACUCUAGGCAAGAAAACCAGGCAUUUGCAAACCCACAAUAUCAGGUAUAAAUCUAAACA